UCUCUCUCCUGUUCUCCAGAAGCCGCUGGUUUCUCUCAACUCUCUCACAGUCUCAAGCUUCAUCUCCGAUCAGGCUCACUCGAUCUCAUCCAGGUUUCUCUCUCGAUCAGACCUCUUAUUCCGGAUUUGGCUUCGGGGUAAAUCGAUCUAUCCAGUUAAUCCGUGUGCUUUCUCGGAAUGAAGAAUAGAAUCUCCAAGGAUGGCUCUUAUUAUAGCAGAGAGAAUAACAAGGGAUCAGACCCAAUCAAGAACAAGAAGUUUAUGAUGAUGCAGACGAAGAAGAAAAACAUGAAGAGGUUGGGUGGUGGAGGUCUUUCCCUCGAUUCCUUCGUUAAUGCAAAAACAAAGAACGACAACUACAACCCUGCAUUUAUCAAGAAGCAAAGAGAGUUCUAUAAGAAUGCCAAAUAUGUGCGCAAGUAUAAGAAAUCACUGCAGCAUCAACCCGGACAGGAUGAUUCUUCCUUGGCUACAAGACCGCUACAGGAUGAAAAUGAAAAUGGAGAAGCUGGAAAGAUGAAUCAGACACACAAGAAGAACCAGAAGAAUAGUUCUCGCAGUCUGAACGAACUGUUUGAGAAGAAGCAGGUUGAAGAUGAGAAGGCAAGGAUUGAGAGGGAGGCAAUAAAUCGAACAAAAGAGGAAGAAAGGGAAAGAGCCUUAUCUCGAAGAAAAGUUUUAAGAGAGAAAAUGCUCAAGAAAACGAAGUUUGGUCAGCCUGUCAUGAAGCACAGAAUUGAGCUUCUUUUGGAGACGCUUCAAGGUUCAGCAACUUAGAAGGCUUCUUUAUCUGCACUGUCAAAUAAUAUUCUUGCAACCCUGGUGAGCUCAGUUAACAAUCUCCAGUAGAUGAACCUUCUGAGUGUUGUACUUUUCUAUUUCAGUAACAAAACUGUUAAGUCCAGCUGAAGUAACCGUUUUGUAUGGCAUUUUGCUGAUUGUGGAAUUAAUUGGAGUUUUAAAGUAGGUGACACCAUUCCCAGCACCAUUCUAAAAGACGAGAGAUUAGUUAUUAGCUUUGUGCUGGCUCCAAGGCUGUGUGGGGGAUAAAGUUCAUCCAAUGCUUUUCUGGUUUAUAUUCAGUGCAAUUGUUUGAAUUCUAGGACAGAUAAAAGAAAAAAUAUGAACUGUGGUUG